AUGAACGUCUCGGAAUAUUGUAAUGCCUAUCGAACAUUGGGUAUACAGAUAGGUUGCUCUUUUGAUAUUAUAAAGACUGCAUAUCGUAGAAGAGCUAGAGAUAUCCACCCAGAUAAGAAUCCUGACAAAGACAAAUUGCAGGCUCAUGAAGACUUCACUAAACUUCAGAAGUCAUAUGAGCUAUUAUCUAAUGAGUCUGGAAGGAAACAAUUUGAGAAAUAUUGGAAGGUAUAUUCUAGUCAACGAGAAUUAGCUCAGAGACAAAGAGAUAGAACAGAUGAGCUUAAAAGGAAAUAUAAAUGCGAACUAUACAAGAAAGAGAAACGUGUCACGUAUAGUUCAAGAUCAUCUAACUUUACUUAUAAAAGAAAAUAUAAUAAAGAAGGGGAAAGUGUCUAUUCACCAGAGUAUUUUAAUGAUCUAAGAAGCCAAUCGGAAGCCUUAAUUAAUGCUUACUUUCAGAGUUCUGACAAUCACUCUUCCUAUAGGAACUCCGAUAUAGCAGAGAAAAUCUCGGAGAUCUUAAAUAGUAACAUUAAAGACUAUAUAGUGCAAGACUUUGAUUCCUUUGAAGAUGCUUUACUAGAGAAGUUAUUAAUGGCUACAAAGGAAUAG